ACCGAAUUCGUUUCCCAAAUUUUGAUCUUUCUAUCUUCGUUUCCAUCUUCUUCUAGUGCUCCAUUUCGGAUCUCGCCGGAGCGAGAAGGGGAGGGCUACUGCUGCGAUGGGGGUUCCCGCAUUCUACCGUUGGCUUGCCGAUCGGUACCCGCUUUCGAUCGCCGACGUUAUCGAGGAGGAGCCGCUGAGAGGCGCCGCCACCGUGGAUGCGUCCCGGCCCAACCCUAAUGGCAUGGCGUUUGACAAUCUAUACUUGGAUAUGAACGGCAUCAUACACCCGUGCUUCCACCCCGAUGGAAGGCCUCCACCUACCACUUAUGAUGAUGUAUUCGGGUCCAUCUUUGAUUACAUUGAUCAUCUCUUUGGUCUUGUACGUCCUAGAAAGCUGUUGUAUAUGGCUAUAGAUGGUGUUGCUCCUAGAGCUAAAAUGAAUCAGCAAUGUUCUCGGCGAUUCAGGGCAGCAAAAGAUGCUGCCGAGGCUGCAGCUGAAGAGGAACGGUUAAGGAAGGAGUUUGAAGAUGAAGGAAGAAAUUUGUCUAUUUCUGAGAAACCCGAAACACUGGACUCAAAUGUUAUAACUCCAGGGACUGGAUUCAUGGGUGCACUGUCAGUUGCCCUCCAGUAUUACAUACAUCUGAGACUGAACAACACCCCUGGCUGGCAGUCUAUUAAGGUUAUACUGUCCGACUCAAAUGUCCCUGGUGAAGGAGAACGCAAAAUCAUGUCCUACAUCCGGUUGCAGCGCAAUCUUCCUGGCUUUAAUCCAAAUACACGACAUUGUCUCUAUGGAUUGGAUGCAGAUUUAAUUAUGCUGGCUUUGGUGACACAUGAGGUUCACUUCUCAAUUUUAAGGGAGGUUAUCUCGAUGCCAGGGCAACAGGAGAAGUGUUUUCAAUGUGGUCAAAUAGGGCAUCUUGCAGCUGAAUGUAGAGGUAAUUCUGAUGCACAAGGCCCUGAGUUUCAUGAUAAGGACGAGACCCCAAUUUACAAAAAGAAAUACCAGUUUCUGAAUAUCUGGGUUUUGCGAGAAUACUUGGAGAAUGAUUUGAGAAUUCCUGAUCCUCCAUCUGAGAUAAACUUUGAAAGGCUCGUGGAUGACUUUGUAUUCCUUUGCUUUUUUGUUGGAAAUGACUUUCUUCCUCACAUGCCUACUUUGGAAAUUCGUGAGGGUGCGAUUACGCUUCUGAUGUUUGUCUACAAGAACGAGUUUACUGCUAUGGGUGGUUACUUGACGGAGGCUGGUGAGGUUUCAUUGGAGAGGACAGAGCACUUUAUACAGUCAGUUGCGGUUUAUGAGGAACAAAUAUUUCAAAAGCGGGCCCGGAUUCAACAGGCCAUUGAGAACAAUGAGGAGUUUAGACUUAAAAUGCGGAGAGAGAAUUCUGAGGGUCUUCCAUCUGUGUCUACAGAAAAGGUAAAAUUAGGCCAACCUGGAUACAAGGAAAGGUAUUAUGCUGAGAAGUUUGAUGUAGAAGAGCCUAAGCCCAUUGAUGAUAUCAAGAAAGAUGUCGUUCAAAAGUAUGUAGAAGGCCUGUGCUGGAUCAUGCGAUAUUACUACCAAGGUGUCUGCUCUUGGCAAUGGUUCUACCUUUAUCAUUAUGCUCCGUUUGCAUCUGAUCUCAAAGGUCUGGCUGAUAUGGAAAUCUUUUUUUUCCUUGGACAACCAUUUAAACCAUUUGACCAGCUAAUGGGGACUUUACCUGCUGCCAGCUCAAGCGCCUUGCCUGAGCAUUACAGGGCUCUUAUGAAUGAUCCAGAAUCUCCUUUAAGUUCCUUUUAUCCAAAAGAUUUUGAAAUUGAUAUGAAUGGGAAGCAGUUUGCAUGGCAGGGUGUCGUAAAACUGCCAUUCAUUGAUGAGAGACGUUUACUUGCUGAAACGAUGAAGCUUGAAGACACUCUAACCGAAGAGGAAAGGUAUCGGAACAGAAGGAUGUCUGAUAUAAUUUAUGUCAAUCGAAAUCAUCGUUUGGCUGAGCAAAUUUUUGCACUAUCAAUGUGUGUGCAACUUCCGUUUGAAGAACGAUUCGUUUGUAUUCCUAUUGAUGCUAAUCUUAGUGCUGGGAUGAAUGGUUUUCUUUCAUUGUCUGAGAGAAACUUUUUCAGCACGUCAAUACUUGCUCCAGUUAAAGGUUUGAAAAAUGUUGACCACAACCAAGUCUGGAAUGCGACUUAUCUUAAUCCUCCACAUCAUGAACACAUUUCAGAACCACCUCAAGGUGUGGUCGUGCCCAAAAAGGUUGGUAUAUCAUCUGGUGCUGCUGCCGCUGCUGCUAUUAAGCUUGCCCGGAGACCAGAAAACGACGGGAAACUCAUUGUUGUGAUUUUACCUAGUGCCGGAGAGCGUUAUCUUUCCUCUGUGCUCUUCCAGUCAAUCAAAGAUGAAGCGGAGAACAUGGUUUUUGAGCCUUGAGAAUUCGAACAAUCAACAUUGUUUUACCAGACAUCAUCGUGUCUGUGUUUCUUUGGAGUGAUUGGAAUAAGAGAAGUUAUCUACUGAAGAAGCACUGUCUAUGUGCUUCAUAAUGUUCUUGAAUAACAAAGAACUUUAAUGUACUGAAUCUUCUAUUAAAUUUCUGCCUGAUUUAAUGUUCCAUUAAUGGAUCAA